UUUUUUUUUAUUUUUUAUUUUUUACACUAUGAGACUCUUUGUCCUCAUCGUAUUGUCAUGUUUACUUGAGUCUAUGUAUGCUUAUCCAAGUGCACCAGGAACAGUAAAUAUGAACAACACAAAGAGAGAGAAAGAAAAAAAAAUAGUAAUUGAUACAUCAUAGUGCAAUAUGAAUAAGAUGGCCACAAUAGGACAUGGUCCCUCUCAAUCCACAUGUCCCGAUUGCUACGGUGUCAAGAUCUCGACUGACUCACCUUCUCUGGUCAAUAUCCAUCUCACAGGACGCUAUGCUUAUCAAGGCAUUGUUUUACUUGUCAAGGAUGCAGUGACGAACAAGACAAUAGGUGAAUUCCAAGACUUUGAUGAGACCUUGUUUACUUCAGUUGCAUGUGAUGAUGAUGAAGACGAACAAGAUCAGAUUGAACCUGAUUCUUUAGCUGUAUUAGGUCAUAUUGAUCCCAAACUCAAACAAUGGCCUGUUGAUGUAGGCUGGAAUAUGCAACCACAAAAGCCAGUGACUCGUUUAAAACUUCAAGGCAUGGUGGUAGUAAGUAGACAAUAGAGUCUAUGCACUUUGAUUACUCAUCCCCAUUCUCUUAGCUUGACUAUGAUAAUUUUCAUUUGUUACCAGAAACUGAAUUCAAGAUCAUGCGAAAGAUUGUGCCUACGACUACUACAACAACUACAGUUCAAGCUAUGCCUACGGUGGCAAUAGAAACCAUAGUUGAACAUGACAUUGGCACCACAGUCAAACAAGAGACAAAUGUCUUGUUUAUGUGGGUGUUAUCUUUUUUCGUUUUCUUUUAUGUCACAAUGUCUGUUUGUUAUCGACAACUUGUCAAGAAGCGAUUGACUGCAAAAAAGAACGUUGUGUCUUCACUUAUGCAACCUGAUGAAAUUACUUUGGUGACCUCAAAUCCAAAGGAUAUUUAAAUAGAUAGACUCAAAUAAAUAAAUACGUAAUCAAAAGACUCUCAUAAACCAUGCAAAGGACUACUAUCAUCCUAAAAGGAACACCAUAUAGAGAAAGGCUU